AAAAAAUAAUAAAUGAUGGUUCUUUUGAUACCCGCACGGACAACACAGAUCAAACAAUAAAGGCCUAACCCUACAAUACUCCACUGACAUCAUAAGUAGGUCACAUCUUGAAACGAUCAAUCCAAGAUACAUCCGGCCAUACCCCUAUAUAACAUAAUACCCUUUUCCGAGGCUCUUGCUCUUAGGUCGUCAGUGCGUGCGCACGGACCGUCAGAUUAGUAAAAUAAUCUUCUGUGACAAGUGACCACUGUGUACGAAUAUUUAACUUUAAUAAUUAAUUUGUUUGAUUUUCUGCGCGUAUGUUGAAAAGUGUUCCACAAAAUCCUGUGUUUGUCAUAUUACAAGCUCAUUGCACUCCUGCAAUAGUAGUUAGUGCACAUCUCGUCGACAUUUGAAUAAUUGCUACAAUAUAAGAAGAUUUUACCAAAACUGAAUUUUUUCCUACUGAUCGGUAGCGAGCUCUAUCGUCCCCCAGUCAGUUGUGUGACAAGUUCCAUUCGGUGUGUACCCGUCUUCAUUUUUUCAGUUCUUCACUUUGAGGCGAUUUUGAAGAUAACAUUUACAUCACUGGACAGUAAAUAGGGAUAUUACGCAAUGGGUGUAAUCGAAAAACGAAAACGUACGCUUUAUAUCAAAUUAAACGACCAAAAAAAUGCGUAAAGGUCUAUCACAAGUGAUUUGAUUGCUCCGUCAAAGCACACAGAAUUGCGUCAAGCAUGAAUAGCGAUAGCAGGACAACAAUGCUUGGUGCAACUAUGCAAUUAGUGCGAAAUGAAAUUCGCUUCAUGUCCAAAAACCGAUAUCAGAAACAUUGCGAUGGCCUUGUCGACUGUGAUCCGCGUCCCACAAGAUCGAUCCACCGAAACCAAAAAACACGUUCGCGCAUGGGCGCCGGAACAACGGGAGUAAUAGCGGACAUGGCGGGUAAGUACGGAAAAGGAGGCGGCGGCGGUGGUGGCGCAGGCAGAGGAAGCGACGGCGGACGGAUGGAGAAGUUUUCGCUACCCGGGCCGCGCGCACCGCUCUAUCCGCUGUGCACGCCAGCACAAAUCAGACACGCGGAACUGAGCGAGCUGCGCAUGGACGACAGGGUGUGGGCGGCAUACGAACGGGGCUGGUUCGACCUGAUGACCUCAUACAUGAGCUCGCAGCUGAUGCAGGGCGAGAUGCCGGCCAUGUACUGCAACGCGCCGCUGUCCAUGUACCCAGCCGGCCAGGUGGCCGACAAUCACGGCUGCGUCCCGCGCCCGCCGACCACCGCGGGCCCGCUCUGCGCGACCGAGCCCUGCCAGGGCGAGUGCCACGGCACCCGCGGCCAAUGCUGCUGCAAGUGUGAGCAGGCAAAACGGGCCGCCGCCGGUCAGCCGCUCGCGCCGCAGUCACCCGGAGGACAUCCACACCCCACAGCCCUGGUCCCCCACCCAUUGCCGCGCCGCGCGGCUCCCGUCCCUCCCGUGAGCUCUCGCCCCGCGGCUUCGGCUCCCCGUGAAGGAGGCACGCGCCAGAUGAACGAGAUCAUCAUCACGGCUACUGGCUGCUCGCCCGACGCCGUCCAGGGCAGGUCGAAGGCCGUGCAGUCCAUUGUCAAGAUAAGGAUCGUGUCGCCAGAAUCGACCGCGAUCGCUUUUACGAAAUCAGCUGCGGAACCCAAGCAAGAGAAACCGAUCCCCACGUCGGAAUGCGAUACCGAAUCAUCCAUCGGAUCUUAUUCCGAAUGCGAUUCCGGGUAAACGCAUUUAAACAGCGACCGUAUUUCCAGCUCUAAAUACGUCGUUCUGAAAAUAAAAAAAAAACAAAUAAUAAUAAAACUAUACAUUUAUUUAUCAGUAUUCAACGCGAUGCGUCUUACGUAUAUAAAUCAAUGGUCCCUAGUAGAGUCGAUUAAAUUUUAUCAACAUGAUUAUUUUCACAGGAAUGGGCCGAUGGGCCAUUAACAACUAUCAGCCAGACAAAAUAUAAUAAUAUACAAUUUUUACAUUAGCAAUUUUGUUUUUAUAUCUGUUAUAAAGUACCACAAAAAUUUGUCAAUUUUUAUUGACGUCGAUAACUGUAUUAUCAUUUAUAUCCAAUGUACACUCGCAAAGUUGCAACGACUUUAAGGUAUUCAAGGUUAUCAGAUUAUGACCUUGUAAAUUUGAAUUCACUUCAAAUUUCUUAAAUACUUAAAUAUUUUUAUCCAUUUUAAACACUUGGUAGUAUUUUAUAACACUUAAUAUUUAAAUUUAAAAAUUAAAAAAUGUUAAAAUAAAAUUUGGACUACUUGUUUGUAUAAAUCAGUACCAAUCGAAGCGCCAAUUUUUUAAAAUAUUUUUAGAAAUUGAAUCGAUGAAUAAUAAUAAAUUUUCGAAUUUUUCCAUUAAAAAUA